AUGUCAUUUAACACCGGCAAUACUCCUAGAGAAGGUGGAAAUGUGUGGAGUUCUGGUUCUCGUGGUUCACGUGGAGGUCCAGCUCAUUCAGAUGAUAAUGACGCUGAUGGUGCAAGAGGAGGUGGAUCGUUCCGUGGUUCAUCACGAGGAUAUAAUUCAGCAAGAGGUGGUGGUGGAUAUGGAUUUCGACGUCAGAAUGAUAAUAACGAUGAAGAACAAGUGGAAAUACUUAAAGAUACGAUAUUCAUUCAAAAUUUACCGAGAAAUAUCACUCGCGAUGAUAUUCAAGAAGCUUUUUCAUCCGUUGGACCAAUCAGAAUUGAUGAUCGCUCGGGUGGUCCGAAGAUUUGGAUCUACAAAGAUCGAAUGACUGGCGAAGGUAAUGGUCGAGCAACAGUUAGUUACGAAGAUGAUGAAACAGCUGAUAAAGCUAUUUCAGAAUACAAUGAUCAGCAUAUUAGCUCUAUAAACUCCGUUGUCCGCGUUCAACUUGCUCAACGUCGUAUUCGCAAUUAUGAUAAUAACAACCGUGGUGGUUUCAAUAAUCGAGGCUUUCGCGGUGGUCGAAACAACUGGAAUAAUUCUCGUCCGGGUGGCAAUAAUCGGUUCAAUAACGGUCGAGGUGGUGGUUUCCGUGAGGAGGUGGCGAUCGUGGAUCGUAUCGUGGCAAUCGAGGCAAUUCAUUUCGUGGCAAUAGCGACUCGACAUUCUAAAAUUUCGAGUGCGAAAUCCCGACUAACGUAA